AUGGGUUCUUUUCUGGCGAUUGUUUUUUUGGUCCUCCUCGCCCAAGCGGCUGCCAGGGCUACAAACGAAUCGAAGAAUGAAGCUGAGGCCCAGUUUGAAAGACCUGCAAUAAAAGAAUACACGCUGGAAGAAUUGUUGGGAGAGGACAAUGGCAUUGCGGCGCUCGAAGCCGCGAACGAGAAGCGGAACAAAUUCGGAGAAAAAGGGUCUGAAACAACGGUGGUCAAGGAAGGUGCAAGAAUUUUGGGAGGAAGCAGUGUAACGGAAGGAGAGCACAGCUACAACGUCUUUGUGGGAGCCGCACCUUACAGUGGCAACGCCAUUUACUGCGGGGGCGCACUGCUUUCCCCCCAAUGGGUGCUAACCGCCGCGCAAUGUGUCGCAGGGGCGACUGAAAUCGUAGUAUUUGCUGGUGCGGUUUCUAUGCCACAAGAUAUGGGUAUUUUAAAAAAUGCAAGAGCGACGAUUCAUCCUGGCUUCGUGCGCAAUUUCGCGGUGAAUGACAUUGCUCUGCUCAAGACGGCUACUCCGUACACCCUUUCAAGCACCAUUUCCACAAUUCGACUUUCGACCGAGAGUGUCGGUUCCGUGGAAAACGCCCAGCUCAGGACGUUUGGAUUCGGUCCUGAAGACAACAGUGCUGCCAUAGCAACUUCCUUGAAUUACGUCGAUAUGGCGAACCUGAAAAAGUCUACGUGUUUGACACUCACUACAGACUUUUAUGUGGCUUAUCCGGCAAACACCGGAUGUUUGAGCACCUCCGUCGCAACAAAAGGAUGGUGCUAUGGAGACACCGGCUCUCCCGUCGUUUACACGAAUGACGGAGACUCAACAACCAAGGUCUACGGCGUUAAUUCUCAAUAUCUCGGCUGUUCGAGUGCGUAUCCGAGCUCGUACACGCUGGGUGACACUGGCUCCCCUGUCGUUUACACCAACGACGGAGACUCAACAACCAAGGUCUACGGCGUUAAUUCUCAAUUUCUGGGCUGUUCGAGUGCGUAUCCGAGCUCCUACACGCUGGUGCGCCCGUACCUCAACUGGAUCAAAGCGAUGACGAAACUGACGCUCACUUAA